CACCCAUCGACUUCGAACGGCGGCAAUACCAUGGCAGCAUCCGCCAGCGCCACGGGCCACCUCCUCGAGCCUAUCCGAGAUCUUGGCUGGCAGCUGGACCUUGCAGCUGAGCUGGAAGAGUACCUACAGGCCAUUCAGGCCGACGAGUCGGACCUGGUCAACUUUGCACAAGCCGCGCUGCUCGUUCAGAACUCGACCGUGCGGUACAGUAAGAAGGUCGAGAACCUCUACACGCUCGUGCUGGAUGCGCUCACGCAGUUCCAAUCGCAUCCGGAGAAAGAGCGCACCACGAAGCGACAGCGCACGGCCCAUGGCAGCGCAUCCCGCGGGACGGCGUCCGACGGUACGGUUCUCGCCACGUCCGACUUUGAGUCGCAUGGAUCGUCGCUCGAUGCGCCCGUUCACUGGGUCUUCCACAAGCGCGUCGAAGAAAGCGACAAGAUCGAUCUGCUGCCCAAUACCCAGCUCCUUCAUGCGUCAUCGAAGCGCAUCACGACCAAGACCUUCCAGGCGUCCAUGGCGCUCAUGGGCUCCUUGGUACCCGACGAGGUCGUGACCGGCGAGUCGUUCAAGCUCCGGUCGUGCGCUGUGCACAGCAAGUCGGGGGCACUGCUACUGGAUGACUGCAGCAAGCUCCUCUUGGAUCCCGAUGCAGCCGUCCCGACGGUCGAGCUACCGGUCGAGGCGGCCAACGUCACCUUUCGCCGGCAGACGCUGCUCGGUAACAUUUCGGAGGGUGACGAGGGAGCGCCAGAUGACGCUGCCGUCGUCGAUGAGAGCAUGACCGAGCACAACGUCCCCGAUAACGACGUCGACGACUACGGCAUGGACUACGACUUUGGCGGGGGCUACGAGUCGCCAAUGAAGGACGUCGCAUCGAGCAGCGUCCCGACGACGCCGCCGCCGCAAGCGACCGACUUUACUGCCAAGACGAAUGAGAGUCCGUUGAAAUCCAAGCCCGACCCGUGGCUGCAGCUCGACCCGUACGACGCCAGCCAAAGCGUGAGCCAGCCCUUCACCAAAGGUGUGACGUACACAACGCCCAAGCUCAAGACGACCAAGUCGGCUGUCGCCAAGGAUGAGCCGCUGUACGACCCAAACGCAAAGCGCGCGCAGCGCAGCGCCGAGCGCCUCAAGCGGCACCUCGCGGCCAAACCUGCCUUGUUGUUUACCAGCUUUGACUUUGAGAACGUUCCGUUUCGGCAGCUGCACCUCCAGUACUCGAACGCAAUUGUCCGAACGGAUGCGGCGGCGACGGCGCCCAAGGCCGAGCCUUUGUUUGUGCCCGCGGACGAGACGCCGACCGCGCCGAUGCUCGAGGCCAACGAUGGCGACGUUGCCGUCGAUGAGUAUGGCUUUGACGCGGGCGUGAGCGAUUACGAGGACGAUGAUGGCGGGGUGCUGUAUUCCCCUGCACCGCCACCGGUCAAGUCGGACAUCAUGUCGACGAAGGAAGAGAAGGCCUUCAAGCCGGAAGAUGACGCGCCGUCGUACGAAGACCUGUGCAAACAACACAUUGAGCAAUUCUUGCACGGGUCGGAGCACUACAAGAAGCAGACGACGUUGACGCGGAAAGUUGCCAAGUGGCAGGCGUCGCUGGCGCCGCUGCUGACGGCCCAGGAGGCGCGCCCGCCCUUUGACAUCCAAGCGUGCGGCAAAAGCAUCGUCGAGCACCUCGAGCCGACGGCGCCGCGGGCGUUUGGGGCAGUCGUCGAAGGCUUGUCUGUCUACGAAGUGUGCCGCAUGUUCACGGCCACGCUGCAGCUGGUACGCGCGUCUCUCUUUCGCGUGUGA